AUGCAGAACUUUAAGAAGAAAUGGAAGGAGCUUGUAUACUCCUUCAGCACCGAAGACCGGUACGCAGACUACAACGGUAAAACUAACGAUUCCGUUGUCCCGAGUAGACCUGAAUCUUCGGUUGCUAACGCAGCGGCAUCAUCGUCUCAAAUCCAACUUACAGAUUUCACGGACGGCCCAGUGGGAGGAACAAACGACGGCGUAAGCGAAGCCAUGCUUGCAUGGAGACAUAUCGAUGCUUGGGCUUCAGAACAUCAUUCUGAUCUGUUUGCUACCUUGAGCGAACCGUGCACACGGACCGAUAUAUCUAGAGCAGAAGCAGAUCUCAAAAUUGUGUUUCCGGCUUCCAUAAGGGCGUCCUUUCGGCUUCAUGACGGACAAGAGGGUCUUGAAUCUCUGACGGGGACUUCGGGCUUGCUUUUUGGACUACAAUUGAUGCCUCUCGACCAAGUGGUACAUAUGACCCAAACCUGGAGAAACGUUGCUGCAAACAUGGCAAAACACAACCGGUCGCUGUCACCUACAACCACGAACUCAACAGCAUCAGGAUCUAAUGUAGAAGCGCCAAACAAGGCCGCCACCCCUCAGAACCUGAAAACAAAAGGAUACGGAAAACUAGACACUCAGGAUUUCCAAAGCAUGAAUCCAACAUUGCAGCGUGACAUUUCUCACAACAAUAACAAGCAAUUCAAGUUAAACUCGAUCCCGCGACAAGAUUCUGUUCCACCGGAAGCCACUCAAUCCGUAUACGCCAGUCAGGGCUGGAUUCCUUUGGUCACAGACAACGCUGGUAACCACAUUGCAGUGGACUUGUCACCUGGUCCCAAGGGACAUUAUGGUCAAAUUAUUCUAUUCGGAAGAGAGUUUGAUAUCAAAUACGUGGUUGCCAGAAACUGGGGGGACUUCCUCUUGUCCUUUGCAAACGAUCUGGAAAAGGGCAAUUGGUACAUCAUGGAUGGCGAUGACGACUAUCUCAGCGGUGCCGGCGAACUAGUGUUCAGAGACAAAAACGCUGGAAAUACCGUGAGAGACUACUUCGAAGUACUUAAGUCAAGAAGCCGCGAGACAUGGCAGAAAACAACCACUGCGGCAAAGGAUGUGAACGAAAAGCUCUCUGCCGUUCCAUCCGCUGCACAGGGCAAGAAUUUGACAUCUCAGACCCUUCUUUCAUCACCUUCCCUCUUGGAGCAAGAAACUACAGCUGUUACAGAGACUGAGGGUACCGAAGAGGUGAAAGAAGCGGAGAAAAAGAUCGAGAAUUCUAAUGUGCGCGAAGCUUCGGUGGAUUCUACCCAAGCGUCAUUAUCUAGCGAAGAUGCCUCGAAAACGAAACAAUCGGUGCAGCAGACAGCUACGGCCAUGGUUUCUAAGGAUGAACCUUCGGCGGAUAAUAUAGAGUCUGGAGCAACGGGUUCCGAGAAAAGUAAAGUCCAAAGUGAAAACAAAACGGAGGCUCACAAAGAGGCCCCCGCUCCAAAAGAUCAAGAUGAAGAAGGACAGACACUAUCAUCAGAACCUCAACAAAGCUCAAAGAAAGACGAUGUUCAAAACUUGAAAGAAGAAUUCGAGAAUGUUGCUCUUUAG